AUAGAGCUACACACCUUUCUCUAAGGCCUUUUAGCUGCAUUGGUACACUAAAAGAAAAUGAAACCCUCUUCAAAAUUCUCCCUGUGGAUACAGAUUCUAUGCUUAACUACUCUUUGUUCGUUGGUUUUGCAUUGCCAUGCAUUUACUUCUCAAGACUACUCUUCAGCACUUGAGAAAUCCAUUCUGUUUUUCGAAGGACAGCGUUCGGGGAAGUUGGCCUCGAACCAAAGGCUCACAUGGAGAGGGGACUCUGGCUUGUCAGAUGGCUCUUCUUAUCACGUGGACCUUACUGGUGGUUAUUAUGAUGCUGGAGACAAUGUUAAGUUUGGACUGCCAAUGGCCUUCACCACUACAUUAUUGUCUUGGAGUGUUAUCGAGUUUGGCGAUGAAAUGCAGAACCAGAUUGGGCACGCAAGAGACGCCAUUCGCUGGGGCACGGAUUAUCUUCUCAAAGCAGCCACAUCCACACCAGGAACCUUAUAUGUCCAAGUGGGAGAUCCAAACAUGGACCACAGGUGUUGGGAGAGGCCUGAGGAUAUGGACACGCCGCGAAAUGUGUACAAGGUGACAACUCAAAAUCCAGGAUCAGAUGUAGCAGCAGAAACGGCUGCUGCACUGGCUGCAGCUUCGAUUGUGUUCAAGACCUCUGACCCUUCUUACUCAACCAAAUUGCUUCAAACAGCCAUGAAGGUGUUUGAUUUCGCAGACAAGCAUCGAGGUUCUUACAGUGAUUCUCUCAAUUCAGUUGUUUGCCCGUUUUACUGCUCCUACUCAGGAUACCAUGAUGAGCUUCUCUGGGGUGCAUCUUGGAUUCAUAGAGCCUCAGGGGACACUUCAUACUUAGAUUACAUCAAGUCAAAUGGCCAUACAAUGGGCUCAGACGAUGAUAGCUACUCCUUCAGCUGGGAUGACAAGCGACCAGGAACCAAAAUUCUCCUUUCCAAGGACUUCUUUGACAAAAAAGUUGGAGAAUUCCAACCAUUCAAAGCACAUUCAGAUAACUACAUAUGUUCUCUGAUUCCCGGCACAUCAAGUUUCCAGGCUCAGUACACACCAGGAGGACUUUUCUACAAAGGAAGUGAGAGUAAUCUUCAGUAUGUUACUACCUCAGCUUUUCUUCUCCUCACAUAUGCCAAGUACCUCAAUCUAAAUGGAGGUGUUACCACCUGUGGAGGCUCAACAAUCACAGUGGAAAAACUUGUUUCACAUGCAAAGAAACAAGUAGACUACAUAUUAGGAGAUAAUCCAGCAAAGAUGUCUUAUAUGGUGGGAUUUGGAGAAAGAUACCCUCAACAUGUUCACCACAGAGGUUCCUCUGUGCCAUCAAUCCAUUCACACCCUGCUCGCAUUGCCUGCAACGACGGCUUUCAGUACCUCUACUCUGGCUCCCCGAACCCGAAUGUCCUUGUUGGCGCUGUCCUCGGCGGCCCUGACAACCGAGACAACUUCGCUGAUAACCGGAAUAACUACCAGCAAUCUGAGCCUGCUACGUACAUUAAUGCACCUUUUGUUGGUGCUCUUGCUUACUUCUCAGCCAAAAACCAGUGCAACUAAGUUACCAAGCAUUAGCUUUAUGAGUAACAAAAAGUUACCAGAAUAGUACCACGUAGAAUGUGACAUUUAGAGUAUGUGGGCUUGAAGUGAAAUAUAUGCUGUAAUAUUUCCUCUUUCCCAAAAUUAGAAUGAAUGUUUGAAAAUUUACUA